AUAUUAGAAGCGGAUCCGAUCCGAAGUCAAAGAAUUCGAUGAACUUUAUGCUUGGUUUCAACACAUUCCAGUCACAUUUCUAUCGUUUUUCAUGCUGAAUUUUUUAUAUAGAUUUUAAAAUUGUAUAUUUUUUAUAGAAAAGAAGAGGAUGAAAAAUAAAUUUGACAUGUUGAAAGAUGAGGAUAGUGGUGAAGAGAAAGAAGAAACCGAGGCAUCCAAGGACCAUCAGUCAGACAAGUUUGUAUGGCCCAAGGUCAAGCCAGGCCAGGGUGAACACCAGCUACAGUACUCCUAUUGCAUGUGGUUUUCCAAGCGGACACCAGGGAACAAGGCAUCAUCCACAAACUACGAACAGAACAUCAAAACAGUAGGCUGCUUUGCAUCAGUCGAACAGUUCUGGGCCCUGUACACACAUCUUGCUAGACCCUGUGACUUGACUAGCAGCAGCGACUACCAUUUGUUCAAGCAGGGCAUCAAGCCAAUGUGGGAGGAUGAGGCUAACAAGAGUGGUGGCAAGUGGAUUGUACGUCUGAGGAAAGGCUUGGCCUCGCGCCUGUGGGAGAACCUCAUCUUGGCCAUGCUAGGGGAACAGUUCAUGGUCGGAGACGAAAUCUGCGGUGCUGUUGUGUCCAUCAGAUUCGCUGAGGACAUCAUUUCAAUCUGGAAUAGAACGUCCAGUGACGUGACCAUCAGCCUGCGCAUCCGAGACACCCUCAGAAGGGUUCUAAAUCUUCCUCCAAACACCAUCAUGGAGUACAAGACACACACAGACAGCAUCAAAGACAACUCCAGCUUCAGAAAUACGGAUAUCUUCACCAAGUAGCACUGGAGAUGUCGGCAAACAGCUUGGCCACCCAGUUGCUGCAGUCAUGAAGAGGGACGGUUUGGAUUCACACAGGCUCUUGGGCAGAAUUUAUUUACAGUGGAAAGAAUGGCAACAGAGUUUAGUGAAGGUCCCCCCCCUCCUCUUACCCAUUCACCUUUGUAUUUGUAACUGUGAUCUGGUUAUGCAUUUGGAUGUAACUCAGAUGAAGUUGCCUCAAACGAUGCCUGUUUCAUCUCCCAAACAGUCACAAAUACAUGUAUCUAGUUACUGCUGAAUACCAACACAUACAAGAGCAGCGACUCGUGGAAUGUUGAGGCACAGUUGGUACUUUCAAAAAUUACAUUGUUACAUAUUGUAACUGUUUUGUGCUACUUAUUUUCCUCGUACAUUUUUGCGGAACUGGAAAAAAGUUAUUCUGCAUGCUUUCUUUGAUAAUGCCUACUAUGGUAGGUCGACUUAAUUGCAUGACACCUCAUAAGACAAAAAGACCUUAAAGGUUAAUGUUUUAAGCGUUACAAUAUUCAGAAAUUCACCCAGUAGCAAGGAGCUCAGCUGUGCUUAACACCUUGAAUUUUGAGACUCACGUGAUGGGUCAUGAACAUCAUGAACAUUGAACUUAAUGCAGCUACUAUGAUGUGCUUCAUUAAAAAAGUUUGCAAAUCCAAGUCCCAACCUAGUGUUGAUAUAUCAAUUCUCGUAGUCUUCCUUCAUUUAAUUUAUUGUAUGUCAUAAUUUGAACUGUAAUACUGAUGUGAAAAGGGGUUAUUCCUCUUCAUUUGGGCAUUUUCCCUUAUUGUAAUCAACCCCAACCCUCAUCCUACUGCUGCCUCUCCGCGUUUAUUAAUAAAGGGUGCAGCAAACCAUCUUUAAAGAGUUGGAAAUAAAGAUAUUUUUAAGCUUAA